GGCCGGGAGCUCAGUGGGCAGCACGCCGCGACAUGCGCAGCCUGUGGCUGGCGACCCUGCUCUGCUGGGCCCCCGUCGCGAGUGCCGAGACGUCCUGGACCAAUCACUUUGCCGUGAGAAUCCGCGGUGGGGAGGAGGUGGCGCGGAGCGUAGCUGACAAAUAUGGUUUUAGCUUCAUCACAAGACUAUUUCCAGAGGAUGAUUUUUAUCAUUUCCAACAUCCUGAAGUUCCAGCUCGCGAGAAAAAGAAGGCGGAUGUGCAUUUGGAGCGAAUAGUUAAUGAUCAUAGGGCCUUUUGGGUGGAGCAGCAGUCACUACGCCGCAGACACAAGCGCAGUGACUCUGGCUGCGCGGCCGUGCGUCCCUCGGACCGGCCGUGCCAGCACGCUGCGUCUGAAGACGACGUGACGUUCAACGACCCCUGCUUCCCCCAGCAGUGGUACCUGAGGAGCUGCUGGCUGAACGUGGUGUCGGCGUGGAGGCUGGGCUGGACUGGCCGCGGGGUCACCUUGUCCGUGCUGGACGACGGGCUCAUGCACAGCAACGCAGACAUCUCCCCCAACUACGACGCCGCGGUGAGCUGCAGCCUGGCGGACCUGGAUGAGGCUGACCCCGACCCCACCCCCGACACCACCUCCCCGGACAACGGCCACGGCACCUACUGCGCGGCCAUCAUGGCCGCCGCCGCCGACAACCACUACUGUGGCGUGGGCGUGGCCUACCAGGCCCGCGUCGGAGGCGUGCGUCUGCUGGAGCGGCCGGUCACGGACCUGCAGGAGGCGACCGCGCUGGUGCACGGACUGCUAGAGGUGGACGUCUACAGCGCCUCCUGGGGGCCCCGGGACGACGGCGGCCAGGUGGACGGCCCGGGCGAGCUGGCGCGCGCCGCCCUGCGCACCGGAGUCUCCCGGGGAAGGAACGGGAAAGGCGCGAUAUACGUGUGGGCUGUGGGGAACGGCGGGCUGAGACACGACAACUGCAACUUGGACGGAUACGCCUCGAGCAUCUUCACCGUGUCCAUCAACGCCCUCACGCAGACCGGCCACGGCUGCUUCUACGACGAGCCCUGCUCCUCCACGCUGGCCAGCACCUACGUGGGCGGGCAUCGCCUCCAGCCCAGCGGAGAGCAGCCACCGGGAAGCUCUUAUGUGGUGCAGAACACGGCGCCAGGCGCGCGCAAGGUGUCGCAGGUGCGUUGCUAUCGGCAGGUGGUCCCAGAGCUGGACGGCCGGUGCCGUGACUCCUUCCAGGGGACAUCAGCUGCAGCCCCGCUGGCCGCCGGGAUGAUAGCCCUCAUGCUGCAGGCAAACCCGCGGCUGUCGUGGCGGGACGUGCAGCACAUCGUGGCGCGCACGGCCAGGAGCGCGGGCGACGAGGCGGGCUGGCGCGUCAACGCGGCCGGCCUGCGCUACCACCCGCUGCAGGGCUUCGGUGCGCUCGACGCUCUCCGCCUGGUGGAGGCGGCCGCCGGCUGGCACGGCGUGACCCCGGGCCCCCGCGCCGACACCGUCGCAGCCGCCCUGCCCCUGAGCGUCGUGGCCCAGGACAGCCGAGCCGUGGACGUCUUCAUGGAUGCAUCGCCUGGCCUCGGCACAGAACAUGCCGUGGCCUGCGUGACGCUGCAGCACCGCCACCGAGGGCAGCUGGAACUGUUCCUCGUCUCCCCGGCCGGGACGGUCUCUCAGCUGCUGACGCAGAGGAAGUUCGACAACUCGACGUCGGGGUUCGCUGCCUGGAACUUCACGUCCGUCCACUUCUGGGGCGAGGCGCCACGCGGCAUGUGGCAGCUCAUCCUCACCAACCACUCGAAACAAACUGCCGUCCUCAAGUACUUCCAGCUCACGCUCUACGUUUACAAAGUGAACGAUACGUGAUGCCAUGUGGUUGAAGUUGUUCGUGGGCUGUAUUAAAAACAAAAAAUUAUUAACAUUCAAAA